AGUGUAGUUCUAUAUUUGUUUCUUUCUCUGGAUAGAGCUACACUGUGUUUUUAUUACUAUAUAUCUUAUUUAUUGUGUACAACACCAGCAUAAAUUGAAUCUCUGUGGUUCCUUGGGGUUUUCUUUUUUUCCCCACAUACAUUUGUUAGCCGUUCACCUCACUCCUCGUUGCGUAGACGAAACAUCUUAAAUAAGGGCCACAGUAACUUUAAAUGUAAUACACUUCUACUGACGUUUCUUAGCAGACUUUGUCUCAUCAGACAUGGUUCUGAACCCCAAACUUUUCCGUCUGUUCUUUGUGCCGGGGAGGCACUGGAGAAUGGCACCCCCUCCCCCCGAAAAAAAAAAAUGCAAGAACGCCCAGUGAAAAGGCAAAAUUCUUCGGAGUGUAGUUUACGCACCAGGCUGAUCGACGUUUAGACGCAGGGAGAGCAAAAAAUGUCAGAAGAAGGUGAGGUGGAGAUUAUUGACUGUGGUGUUCAGAAUGCUGGUCCCCCAAACCAAACCUCCAUGACUGAAACAGGAGCCCUAGUGGAGGUCGCCUUUCAGAGAGACCCCCAUCAAAAAAACAAGUACCUGGAGGCAGAACCUAAAGCUUUAGGGUUAACACAGAUUAUGCUGGCUCUCUUUAUCAUGAGUGUCAGAUUUACAUCCUUGGGUGUUGUAGAAGUAUUUGGGGAUUGGCUAUCACACCUCAUCUUUGGGAACCUGGCUUUAUUUGGCUUAAUAGCUGGUGGUGUGGCAGUAGGUGCUCAGAACCUGCAUCUUCCUACACUGAAGGCCUGUUUGGCAGUGCAGGUUGUGAUGUGUGUAGUGUCAGUGUUCUGCUUUAUGGAUGCCACAGGCAUUCUGCUGUGGAACAUUUGCUGGAACGACAGCAGAAAUACGACUUUGGCUGAUCCUAUGUGUUACAGACUCAAGGACACGUAUGACCACAUCGUGGGAGUAGAAAUGCUGGCACAUACAGCUCAGAUUGCUCUCUCAGCCACCUUGGCUGCGUUCUGCUGCAAAGUCAUUCAGUGCUGCUCCCCACGGACCAGCGUGCCUGUCAUUGCUGUGAAUACAGCCCGUGGUCCUCAGUAACAGCUGUCAUAAUUGCUGGGAGUUUGGCAAUAACUGUAAAGAACAUUCACCUUCCUACAGUAAGUAUUCAAGGGGAGGUGAGAUAUGGCGUGACCCAAAUGCCUCAAGUGAGUAGCAAGAAAGCCAUCACCUUACAAUGCUUUUCUGCCUUCUCUGUGAUGGAGCUAUAGCAGGCACUGCUCUUGGAGAUCUAGCAUACCUAAUCAGUCAGAAUCUUCUGAAUAGGAUGUGUUAGAUAAGGAAUGUAAACUAUGCUGCCAGGCAGAAACAUCUUUGGGGAUUCCAGAGUUGUGGUAGAAAAAUUCACAGAUGUUAUGAUUGUAGUUAGACCAUGGCAUUCUUAUACAUCUCCCAAUAGAUAAGACUAGGGAUUUCAAAACAUUCUUUAGAAAUAACUGCUUCGUCCUAAUGCAGGUACUCCAAAGGAUUUUCUAGACCCCGUUAUGUUUUCUGGACCUAAAAAAACGCCACAAAAGCCCCAAAUAACCCUGUGUUCCUUUGUGCGGUUUGCUGCCAGAUGAAAGCCUGUAUAGGAGUGCAGGUGAUGCUAUCUUCAGUGUGAGAACCUACAUGAAAUCACAUGUGAAACAUUAAAUGUGAGAAGCCAUAAGGCAUUAUGGCCCAGUACCUUCAGCUUUGGAGUUUGAGAGCCUAGCCCCAUGCCCUUUCAUUUAAACUUCUCAUUUCAUGUUUAUCUAUAGACUUUAUCGAUCCUUUCUUGUCAGUGGAAGUACUGAAGGGGACGAGCCUCUCGCUGCCACCUUAGCUGCAUUCCACUGCAAGGUCAUUUAUGGCUGCUCAUACCGCGUUAAGAAUAACAUGACAGCAUACUAUGAAAUACUGUCUUGGGAUUUAAAUAUAUGAAUAUUCAUGGUAUGUAUGCGAAGGAUGCUUUGAUAUGGUAGGUAUGCUAAGGGAACCUGUGAUCACUGUGAACCCAUUCACACCUCCUCUGUGAUAGACAAAUACCAGAACAGCACUCGGGACCAUUUUCAUGAAGUAUGGCCAUGCUAUUAACUGGCUAUGAAUUUAUGGCUGUCAUAUAGUAAAAAGUUCCAUAUAAUGUUGAAUUAUAAAUAUUACCUAGCCAACUACUCAUUAUUGCUGAAGCUAAGGAAUAAAGACUUAAUUUAAUGAAAUUCUGCAGAAAUGGAUGAGAGACAGUGGGAGAAGUUGAAUUGGAUGCCAGACAGCAAGUAGACAUUACUAUAUUGCCUGUCACAAUUUUUUGUUUUUUCCAAGGAUUGUCAUUUAGAUGACCUAAACAUGCUUAUUUGGCUUUAGGUAGGAAAAUACAUGUAUCAAAUGAAUUGCUGCAUUCUCCAUAAUCAAUACUACUUUUAAAAAACUAUAGUUCUAUAGCUUGUGUUACUGGAGUCAUUGUUCCCGCUAUAUAACGUGUAUGUAAGCAAAAACUACAGAGAGCUAAUACUGCAAUACAACUCUUGUCAUGCCAUCAUUCACGCAUCAGCUCACAAAAGCAAUCCUCUGGUAAUGCACAGCUGGGACAGAGAAAGUUGUAGCUCCCUUUUGCCCAUCUUUUUUUCUUAAGAAGGUGUUCUUAAGACAUGAAGGGACAGGACACAAUGUCCACUUUGACUUCAGCUGGAACCUCGACAUUGUGUAAAGAAUUUAUUCUUACUGCAGCUAAGAAAGACUU